CUUCAUGCUGCUCAGGAGCCAUGGCGGAGCGGACACUGAGGAGGAACCAGCCGGAGCUCAGCGGGUCUACAGCGGCGGCUCAAACCAACCAAGAUCCACGUUACCUGCAGCACAGCCACAACUAUUACUGACGGAAUACAAUGGUGACGGCUUCUAAAGUUUUACACACAUGUUUAGCUUAUGUCACAGCUGGCCGGUUCAACUUUUCACUAACGGGCAUUUCCCUAAUGUCGAGGGGGGGUCACAGCGACGCAGAGUUUGUUCCGCUUUUCUUUUCUUGCAGUAACGUUACGUGUGUCCUGUAAAGCCAUCUGCCUCAGGCGUAAAUCUGGCGCACUGUCCCGCAGUGGCUCACUGAGCGCCUCUUUAAUAUUGCAAAGCCGAGUCACUGGAGGUUAACAUGGGGGCAAAGCAGAGCAGCCCGACUGCUAAUCCAGCUGCUAACGGACGGACCAGAGCCUACUCCGGCUCAGACCUGCCCUCCAGCACGUCCAGCAGCAAUGGCAGUAGUGUUAGCAGGACUACCGCCGGGGGUGUGAGGUACCAUGCGUACAGUGCGUCCGGAGCCUCCGGAGCCUCGUCCAGCACUAGCCAGCACCUUGGAGCCAGGGCCAGGUCUGUGGGGGGCUCCGGAGGCUCCGGGACCAGACCUCAGUCCGGUAUCAACAUUCCGAACAGCAGCGGAGCCUACAGCUCCCAGGAGUCCGGCGGCAGCAGCCCGGAGGAGGCGGCGGACAGGGAGCGCUCAGGCGGAGGGCACGAAGGUCCCCGGCUGUUGAUAGGAUCUCUACCAGCUCACCUCUCGCCUCAUCUGUUCGGAGGCUUCAAGUGCCCUGUGUGCUCCAAGUUUGUGUCCUCAGAUGAGAUGGAUCUUCACCUGGUCUUGUGCUUAACCAAACCCAGAGUGACAUAUAACGAGGAUGUCCUGACCAAGGAUGCAGGAGAAUGUGCGAUCUGCCUGGAGGAGCUGGUACAGGGAGACACCAUCGCUCGCCUGCCCUGCCUCUGCAUCUACCACAAAGGCUGUAUUGAUGAGUGGUUUGAAGUAAACAGAUCAUGUCCAGAGCAUCCAUCAGAUUAAAGCUUUUUUGCACAGGUACUCAACAAUGUGAGGGAUCUACAAGAUGAUGUGUGGAUCCAGGGAGACUGCUGGACACUGUGAUCAGUUUAACCCCCACCCCCACCCCGCCCAGUAAUGUAGUACCACUGUGUGCCAAAUCUCAUUUAAGCAAUCUUCAGGGAUACAGACUUUUGUGUUUAUGUUUGAGUUGCACAUCCACGUUCAGUCUCAGACUGGAUGGAUUGAUCUCCACCUCACAUCCUCUCCAGCCCUGACACAAAGCCACACAGGACGUUGUGGCAGGCAGGGCUCUUCUUCCUGAGUGGCCAUUGGACAGCACAUGUCAGCUGAUUGUACACCAGGAUACUGGAGGAGGUGGUGGACAUGGUCUUGGAGGUGGGGGCGGGGUGGAGGGGGGGGUGAGUCGGGCAAUGCGUGGAUUAUCCCUCCCCCUCUUACUCUGUCCCUCCCCUCCUCCUUCAGCAUCAGUGUCUACCAGUGCCUUGUUGUUAUGAUGCCCAGCCAUGACAGGGCAGGACAGAGGAGUCCAGACUGUCAGCAGAGCCAGCUGGACCAACUGGACGGACUUGCGGGACCAUCUCACCACAACUGCCAUUCUACCAGUCCAGGAGAAACAAGCCAGAGACAGGACAGCGGCAGAAAUAUCUGUCUGCGUAAGCAGCUCGGACAUUUUUAAAACUGAAGCUGCUGCAAACAAUGGUGCCAAUCAACUGUGAAUAUCGUCGAACACUCACACUCAAUCAUCAGUGCUUUUUAAUCAUAUACCAUGGAGUAGAGGUCUUCAGGUACAAAAACCUGCUUCCAAAUUUGAAAUGGAUCCUUGACUUACCAGCCUGAGCCUACAGUAGAGUAUCGCUGCUACCAUGACAUACAAAUAUGUAACCACUUGUAGAUCCCUCUCACUUUGUAACACUUUUCCUGUUAUAAUGACAUGAUGCAAGCAAGUUUCUCUGAGAACUUGUUAUGAGGAGAAACUGUUCUUGUUGAAAAAGUUUUGUUGAUUUUUUUAUAACAGAAAUGUUUUGUGAAAUAACACGAUAAAUUGACAUGUUGUUAUAACAAGAAAAGUUUGUUCUUAAAAUGAAAUAACUUGAUUUUUAGUUACAGCAAAAAAAAAGUAUAAUUUUAUAACAUGAACGGGAUCUCAUAACCAGAAACAUUUUUACACAGACCAGAAAGUGAAAAUGUGUUUUUCAUUUCUUUUUUUGUCUAUUUUGCUUUGUGCUACUCCAUGGGGUAAAAGCUUCUCUUGUUUUCAUAAUGUCUGUAAUGUAGUCGUUUAUGUAGGCUGUGUAUUAAUUACAGCGUUUGAUCAAUCAUUUAAGUUGCUACAAUUGAUUGUUUCCUCAGUGUGCAGGUUCACUGAUUAUCAGUCUUUAAAACAGGUCAGCAGUGUCAGGUGCACAGAAUUACCACAAAUCAAACACUGUCAUACAGAUGGAGAGCAGAAUGGGUUUAAUAUGUUAAUGAAGAAUGAAAAUGAGAUCUAGAUUUUUUUUUUUAAUUAAAAAAAAUAAAACAUGUAGAUAGAAGUAUUUUUUGUGCAGCAAAAAGAUCCACUUGAAAUCCAAAUUUCUAAUUUCAUUGUUUUAUUCUCUACUUUUUCCAUAAUCCUUUUGUAGAGCUAUGACGCAGUUUUUCUGUGAGUGAGUAUCCGUUUUGUCUUGUGUAGGACGCAAGGAUGUAGGUGACAUAGGCAACAUGAUGCACAGUCUUGCCAAUGAUGUCUCACUGUUCCACUGAUCUACAGGUGGCAAUACAGCCCAAUCGCCAGAAAUAAUGUUGGCAUCUUCUAUGUCUAAAAACCACGGACACAUUACAUUUAUAGGUUUUUAUGUAGUGGAUCCAUUUAAACAUUACGUUUUAACAACGCUGUGGUUAAUGUGUGGUUAGGUUUAGGCACAAAAACAGAAAUGUUAUGACUAUAACCUCUGUUACCUGAAGGAGAGGAACAAGAUACAACCCUGCUGUGCAGCUGGGCUUGGUGAAGAGCAGCUAUCGAACUGAAGAAUGACUGUGGUGAUGGAUGUGUAUAUACAUAUGUGUGGGCCUCACAUACGUCACCACAGGUCAUCUGGUUUAAUAGGCGUGAAUAGAGGUGUCUUCAGGUAGGUCACAAGUACAAGGGAUGUGAUAUCCCAUAGUAUAUGUGUUGUACCGAGUGAAUCGACUGAAUGGGAACACUUAGUUAUGGUCAGGAAAAGAAGUACCCAGUUUUGGUGGCACAGUUACCUCUGGAAAAGCAGCGAUGUCUUGGUAAGAAACAACUACUUUUUGUUGCACAGGAAGGCAACACAGUGACAGGUCGCGUAAGAACACCCACAUUUUUUGGCUAAAAAGCUACUCGAAACACAGAGAUGACUCAUCAAAACACAACAGGUUUUGUCGUUUGUCGGUCUCCAACAGUGACCUGCAGCUUGGCAGGCAUUUCAUUGAGUGGACAUGCCAUUAAUUAUCCCCUCCUCCCCCUGAAGACAAAGUCACCUCAUAUACUACGUUACUUUAGAAAUAUGAUAUGUAUGAAAGGUGCAAUCGUAACAUAUUUGUGGUUUGUAGAAACACACUGUGCCAACAUUUGUUCUUGCAACUGGGUUGGGCAGAUAUGCAGCAAUGCACCAACAAAGGCAGUAAAUAUGAAUGUAACCAAGGCAGGCUUUGUAUUCAUGAGAAAGGUAAUGUAUUCAUUACAUUUGUCAGGGCCGGAGGAUUUGCACAUUUUUGGUGAAUGUAAACAAUAACUCCACAGGGGGACUGUAAUGUGAUCCCACACAGUGUCCUUGUACUCUACCCUGCAGGUUCCAUUUCUCUGACAGUGUUUGAAUAGUUCUAAUUUUGUGUACAUGACACUGCUUCCUGUACGUGUUUAAAAAAGUUUGGACUGUGAUAAUGACUGAGCCUGCACACAGAGGAAGGAAUCAGCAGAGACACCUGUGCUUGUUACAGUUACCUGAGUGCAUACCAGUUAGAACUGCAGACUUUGCUGUUUUAAACGCACCAAUCCUUUACAAUAACAUUCGUAGCAACAACCAACUUUUGGUCCCCCACUGGCAAUUUGUUCUACUAAACCUGUUAUGUACAGGUUAUUGGAGAAGUUUCUAUGGUUGUCGUCCUGCAGGAAGUCAUUGACUUGCUUGGCUGGUGAUUGGUCUACUCAACUAUAACAGACUGGUCUCGGGUUCAGGCAGCAUACAGACCCAGCACCAAGUUAAGUUGGCCAAGGACUGAGGGACACUGAAUGAGUGGACUUUUAACACCACCAGUGUGUUAGUUAAGGCUUUCAUGGGCUCAGGUUUGCCUGAAGACCUCUACCAUGGAAGAGCUAAUGUGUACAGAUUUUUAAUCUAGUAAAAAGCAAUCACAGAUGAUUUCAUCGACAAGCUCAUCAUCCACCAGAGAAUAUGAACUCAUCAGUGAAAUCACCAAGUGCGGAUCCCAAAGCUACAAUGGAAUCCUUUAUCUCCACCAACUCCCUUUUUCCAUUACGCAGAGCCUAAUGCUCAUCCCACCACCCUGAAGACUAUUUUUAUACUGGAAAAACAAAUGAGCUGCUUCACUGUAACAUUAACAGCGACUUUAAAGGCAAUCCUGUGGAAUCUCAGCUUCUUAUGGAGGUUUUUAAGGCGGGCAUGAUGAAGUUUUCAUUCAAAAUGUUUGUAAAUGAGCAACACAAUUGCCAGAAAAAAUGUUGGCAUUAUACGUUCCUGUAAACCACAGAUACAUUAUAUUUGUAUGUUAUUAUGUAACGGAUACACUGACCCUUUACGUUUCCCCGCACUGUGGCUAAUGUGUGGUUGGGUUUAGACACAAUCCAGGCUGAAAACAUGGAGAUAUCUCAGUAAAAGAUAACUGCAUUUCAUGGCACUAUCCCUGCUGGAAAAACAGCCAAGGUUUGCUAAAAACACCCACAUUUGGGGCCUAAAAAAUCCACUGGAAACACAGCAAUGACUUGGUAAGUCACAACAGAUUUUGUUGUUUGUAGGUCUCAAACAAUGAUCUGCAGCUUGGCAGGUGCCUCGCCUAGGUGGCACGCCAUCCACCAUCCCCUCUAUCCUAGGUGACACGAUGUCCACCAUCCCCUCUCUCCUAGGUGACACGACAUCCACCAUCCCCUCUCUCCUAGGUGACACGAUGUCCACCAUUACCUCUCUCCUAGGUGACGCACCAUCCACCAUCCCCUCUCUCCUAGUUGACACACCAUCCACCAUCCACCAUCCCCUCUCUCCUAGUUGACCCACCAUCCACCAUCCCCUCUCUCCUAGGUGGCACGCCAUCCACCAUCCCCUCUCUCCUAGGUGACACGACAUCCACCAUCCCCUCUCUCCUAGGUGACGCACCAUCCACCAUCCCCUCUCUCCUAGGUGACGCACCAUCCACCAUCCCCUCUCUCCUAGUUGACACACCAUCCACCAUCCCCUCUCUCCUAGGUGACUCUCUAUCCACAUCCCCUCUCUCCUACAGUAGGUGACACGACAUCCACCAUCCUCUCUCUCCUAGGUGACACGACAUCCACCAUCCCCUCUCUCCUACAGUAGGUGACACGACAUCCACCAUCCCCUCUCUCCUAGGUUACACACUAUCCACCAUUCACUCUGCCUCUUGAUGACAAAGUCAGCUCAUAUACUACGUCACCUUAGAAACAUUGAUAUAUGUAUAACAUGCAAAUAUAUUGUAUUCAUGGUUUGCGGAAACGCACAAUGCCAACAUUUUCUCCUGGCGACUGGGCUGGAAUGAAAGAUGAAGUGUCCCAUAUGGACUCCACUUUUUCUUACUUUUUUUUCAAUGCAUUUCUCUCUUUGUCUCUUUGAAGUUACCUCCAGGUAGGAGCACAUGGUAGUGGGGGAAAGGUGAGGAAAAAUAAAGUUGGAGCUUUAUUUUGAAAAAGAAGAACCCUCACCACUACUGCUGUAAUGCUCCUAUACACACAUGCAGUAUUAGACAUCUCAAUGAGUCAAUUCAUGAGUAUUUGGGAUAGAGAGUACAGUAUAAAUAAGCGGUAUCCAACCACCCAAGCACAUGUGUAUGGAGGCUUUUUUCCAACCAAUCAACAGAGCAGCUGGUUUUCCAGGUCAGUACACCUUUGCUGCUGAAUCCCAAAUCCACUUCUUUCCUCCACUCCCUCACAACCUCUCCUAUCAGACACUGACUUGGGUUCAAGUGUGACACAUUACUCACACUCUGCAUAAUACAUCAAACUCCAUGCUACAUGUAGAACAUUACUAGUAAACUAUGAGAGUUAAAGCUACCUGAAAAUCCUCAAAAACACACAUCUACUGCUGAUGAGUAGACCUAACUUAUCAGUAUUGAUUAUUUUAUUUGGAACCACUAAAGGAAGAACUGAGUAAGCUUUGGAGUUUUGGGAUCCACCCUAACACACUCAUGACUACUGCGUCACCAUACUGUGUAUGUAAAACCUGACAGCCUCACAGAGAUUAUCUGAGCCCUGUAAUACACUGUCCCAGCACACAGCGGUGCUACAGAGUCGUGUAGUUUUCCUCUGCAGUGUGUGGAGGUGGGAGCAGUGAGGACUCUCCUCAUCAUCUCUGUUUGUAGCAAUAGUCUGAACAUUUGGCUGACUGAUCUCACAGGGCUCAUUCUCUGCCUUCAUCUCUCACGUUAAUCUGCUAUCAGUUAUUUUUCAUCAUUUUCAUGACUGAUCCUACAAAGGUUUGACACUGACCAGUAAUAUCUUUUUCUGUCUGUGAAUUUUAGAGGAAAAGUGCAACAGAUCUGGCCUUAAUAGAUAUGAUGAUGACAUUCAACUGCCUGUCCUCGUGGUUCUUGAUUGUUUUAUUGUUGUGUUUUGAAUAGCUGUUUGCAAUAACACAAUGACUCAUCAACCUUGCAGAGGAGAAAAGAUAAAACCUUUUAAUUUGUGAUUAAAAAAAAUGAAGACAAAUUGGACCCUAUUUUGUUAUGUUUUUGUG